CCGCUCGCACGCUGGGUCUGCAGCACCCCCUGCCCCGGGAGCAUCGCCCCCAGCCCCGAGCCGCAGCUGUUUAAACCUGCUCUGGACUGAACACCAGAAGAGCACCGGCAGCUCGCACCUGUGGCCCACCGGGCCGGGCCUGGGCCACGGAGGGACUGAUCAGAGACUGAGUGAGCCGAGCUACAGCCCACGGAGGGACAUCCUGAGUUUGUCAUCUCUUUUGGAGCGGCAACAGGAUUUAUUGUUUAAUAUUGUUCAUUUUCUGUGCCAGUGAGUGCUUUGCCUGUUAAAUCAACAGGUUUUUUUCUACUUUUCUCCAAGGAAAUCUUUUCCUGAACCGGUUGGGGGAGGGGCCACUUGAAUCUAAUUUCUAGAAAACCCCUUUGGGGGUUUUCUCCCAAAUUUGCUCUAAACCAGGACAGGGUGGUGGGGAGAGGGGGGAGCCCCAAGUGUCUGGAUUGGAGGGAGGCUGGAGAGGGGGACCCUCGUACCCCAAAACCCCCCAGCAUCCCUAAGCAGGACGCUGGAGAAGGGGGAUCCCCAGGACCCAUGGGAUCCCCCGCAGCCCUGAGACGGGGGAGCACCAGAACCCCAGAGGGAUGAGACUGGACAUGGGACACUCCUGGUGGCUUUUUUUGAUUCACUCUCGAUUUUUGGAUGUUUUUAUGGACACCUGGAGACUUCUGGAGAUGGAUUUGGGCAGGAGGAAUCCCCAACCCAAGGCAUUCACACCUUGUUUUCCCCCAAACCAGGAUUUCCCAUUCCCAAACUUUGGCUGGGUGGAGGAGGAGGCUGUGAGGAAGAGGAAGAUGCCCUGGGACAGCCAGGCAGGAGAGGAGGAAGUCAGUGCCCCUUUCCCCCUCUCUCCUGCUCCAUCUCCCAGCCCAGCACGGCCCCCGGCUGCAGGACAGCCCCGCUGCCGGUGCCGUCCUGACGGGGACGCACUGGGGGGAUCUCCUUGCCCUUCCCUGUGGCACGGAGGCAAAUCCCAUCCUCUCCUUGUCCUUCCUCCCCCAGAGCAGGAGCUGAGGAUGGAGAGCAGGGAGGACAAAUCCCCGCGGCAGAACCUCGUGGAAGAGGCCGUUUUGAGCGGCUCCACGGCGCAGGAACCCAACGGGGAGGAAAAGCCCCGGAGAUGCCGCACGAGGAGGGGCUGCAAACGCAGAUCACGGGGAUCUGAGGUGGAAAGACCCAGCCUGGGCUGGGGAGGCGGCCGGAGAUGGAGCCAGAGCUCGGAGCUGGUGGUCCAUGAGCAGCUCCAGGAUGGGGAGAAGCCCCACAAGUGCUCAGAGUGUGGGAAGAGCUUCAGGAAGAGUUUCAAUCUGCUCUGCCACCAGAGGAUCCACACUGGGGAACGACCCUACGAGUGCUUGGAAUGUGGGAAGGGCUUCAGCCACAGGUCCGACCUGAUUGUCCACCAGAGGUUCCACACUGGGGAGAGGCCCUACGAGUGUCCCGAGUGUGGGAAGAGGUUUCACACCAGCUCCCAUUUCCUUGUACAUCAGUGGAUUCACACAGAGGAGAGGCCCUUCUGCUGCCCCGACUGCGGGAUGGGCUUCAAGCACAACUCCACCCUCGUCACCCACCGGCGCAUCCACACCGCGGAGGCCCUACGAGUGUCCCCAGUGUGGGAAGAGCUUCUCAGCCCGCUCGUUCUUUACCCGACACCAACGGAGGCACCGCUGAGGGAAGCCCUGCGAGAGCCCCGCCUGCAGGAAGAGCUUCAUGCGCUGCUCCAGCUCCAUCCCCAUCAGAGGACCCAGGUUGGGCACAGCCCUGGUGACCCACAUUCCCUGUGAUACACAGAGGGAAGUGGCUGCUGUUCCUUUUCUUCUGUCUCUUUUUAUCUUCC